UUUGCUCAUUUCGAUUUUGUUAGGCGACGUGUGCGGAACUGAACUGAACGACGGUUCGGCGAAAUCGCUUUGUACUUUCGUUUCUUGUGGUGUUGUUUGUGCCCGUGCCCGUGCCCCGAGUCAAUAUCAAAUCAAAAUCAAAAUUCGUGUUUUUUGCCUUUAAAUUUUUUUUAUUGUUAUUUGCAUACCACGAAAUUAGCGUUUUACCAAACAUUUAACCAACGAUCUGUGAUUUUUUUUAGUUCUGUUUACUUGUGGAUUAUAAAUAACAAUAACAAAUCGCGUGAUUCUGUGUCUCCCAAAAGUCGAGGUUUACCAGAGGAGAUUAGGCAAGGCAGACACUGCUUGCUUUUUCUGCGCAGCGCUUCACUGCUUGCAUUCCGGGGCGAUGGCGCAGUCGACGGCGACAUCGCCGCUCUACGCCGGCUACAAACCCCUUGGCCAGACCACCCUCAACCCCCCGGCAACGGAUCCGGAUCCAGACUUGACCCUGGCCCUGGCGCUCACACCCUCCCCGUCGUCAGUAUCAUCAGCAGCAGCAAUAACAACAUCAGCAGCAACAUCAGUUGAAGGAACAGCUGAUCAGCCCCAAAAAGCUCAGCAAAAAGAAGGAGAAGGAGCACAAUUGACGAAAACAAAUUCUAAACAGAUACUUUCAGCCAGCUAUAGUUCAAUCGACGACGACGACGAGGAUCAAGUAGGAACAUUUCCAUUGCCCCUGCCCUCCAUCAAUAAAAGGACACCCGCCCUACUCCCCCGUUUACCACCAACAUCCCGUCCCUAUACAGACGACUUGUGCACCUGCUGCAACUGUGCGUAUUCCAGUUCCUCCUCUGCCUCGUCCACAUCCUCAUCAUCCUCAACAGCAACCGCCUCCGCCGUUGCCAAGCAGCUAGCACGCUCCGUGACCGCCACCAGCAUCAUGGAUAUGCCGUACAACACCUCGCCGUCGCUACGAGUGCGUACCACCUCGCUGAAUCAGUUGAAGAAGACCGCCGACCUUGCCAUUGAGAACGAGCUGCACGUUUGCCCAUCUGUGAUGUCCGAGGAGCUGCGCAAGCUAUUGCCACCUACCUCGGAGACGGUGAUGACCAAGCCUUUUCCCAUUCGCGGUGAACGAACCAUUGCAGACUGUACCACGCCGCAUGUUAUUGCCAUGGUUGGCCUGCCGGCGCGCGGCAAGACCUUCAUCUCCAAGAAGCUGGCGCGUUACCUCAACUGGAUUGGAAUCGCAACGCGUGUAUUCAAUUUGGGAGAGUACAGGCGUCAUGCGACCACCGCGUAUAAGUCACACGAGUUCUUUCGCGCCGACAACGAGGAGGCGAUGGCCAUCCGCAACCGGUGCGCCAAUCAGGCAUUGCACGAUUCCUGCGAGUGGCUGCUGAGCGGCCAGGGCAGCAUCGCUGUAUUCGAUGCCACCAACUCGACCCGCGACCGUCGCCAGUUGAUCCAUGACAUUGUGGUCAAGCAGCAUGGGUUCCGUUUGUUUUUCGUGGAGUCAAUCUGCGACGAUCCCCAAAUCAUUGAGCAGAACAUCCUGGAGGUCAAGGUCAGCUCACCGGAUUACCUCAAUAUGAACACGGAACUGGUAGUAAGGGACUUUUUGCAACGCAUCGAGCACUACGAAGAACGCUAUCAGCCCAUUGAUGAGGUCACCGAGGCUCAUCUCAGUUUUAUGAAGGUUUACAACGCCGGCAAGAAGGUUGUCGUCUACAACAACGAGGGCCACGUCGAGUCGCGCAUUGUGUACUACCUAAUGAACAUUCACAUAACGCCGCGCACCAUCUACCUGACGCGUCACGGCGAGAGCGAGCACAACCUGAGCGGUCUAAUCGGCGGCGACUCUAAUUUGAGUGCCCGCGGUCACCAGUACGCCAAUGCCCUGUCGACGUUUAUAGCCCAGCAGCAGAUCGAUGGACUCCGAGUUUGGACGUCGUGGAUGAAGCGAGCUAUCCAGACAGUGGCCGAUGUGAAGGCGCCUCAGGAGCGCUGGAAGGCAUUGAACGAGAUCGAUGCCGGUCACUGUGAGGAAAUGACAUACGAGCAGAUCAAGGAGAAAUUCCCUGAGGAGUUCAAAGCCCGUGAUGUGAACAAGUUCGCCUAUCGCUAUCCACGUGGUGAGAGCUACGAGGACCUGGUUGCCAGAUUGGAGCCGGUCAUCAUGGAAUUGGAGCGACAGGGCAAUGUCUUAGUAGUGUCGCACCAGGCGGUACUGCGUUGUCUUUUUGCCUAUUUCCUGGAUAAGUCCGCCGAUGAGCUGCCCUACCUGUAUGUGCCGCUGCACACGGUCAUCAAACUUACGCCGGUGGCCUACGGCUGCAAGGUGGAGCACAUCAAGUUGCCCAUUGACGCGGUAGAUACGCAUCGUCCCAAACCCAAGAUACCCGGUGAUGUUAGUGAGCCAGGUCUAGAUGGCCUCAGCGGCGAGCUGGUGGCACCCGAUGGCGUCGGCAAGGUGCUUAUUGUGGGCGACGAUGUGGCGACGGCCACGAACGGUAAUGGCGGGCGCGUCGAUGUCCAAGCGCACCAAUGACGGCGUCGCCUGCACCCCGUGCACCCACAUCCGCCUCCGAAAUCCAAGACAAUCUAAACUAAGCACGGCUGCUGGAACGGCUACGGCUGCCCAAACCUUCAAGACACAAGCCCCCCUAAAUCCCAGAUCCCGCACUAAUUCUUACCCUAUCGCAUCCCGAACAGCCCAACGGAAACGGACAUAGAUACGAACUUGGUCAUGCAAGUGUAACAAUGACAACAGCUUCUGCACCUGCUCAAAGGAUGUGGUGGCGCUUCUACUUAAUGUGACAUCGGAGGACUGCGUAUGAAAUUGUGAUUGAUCCAUUGUGCUGUUUUAUUAUGUACUUUAAUGAACAAUUAAAAUAUAAAUUUUCUAUAACAUCUAUAUUGAUGAAAAAAAAGAAUAUUACUUAAAUACAUACUUAGAUUUAUACACAUUUAUGUUUUCUCUUGUGAAGAGAGAAAACUUGCUUAAUUUUGUAUUGGUUGCUGUUGGCAUCCUAUCUAUUCACUAUCAAGAAAAGAAUGUUCUAACACUUUAUACCCAAAUGUGUUUUUUUUUAUCUGCUUCGUUGUCUAUUUGUAUACCAGUUUUAACCGAAAUUUUUAGCUAAACGGAGAAGAUAAACUUUCGAAUUCCAUUCGCCAACUUUGUAUAACUGAAAUCACUUACCCGAGACACUUUUAUAGCCUAUAUGUUUGCUCGUAAAUGUACGUGCGGAAGAAAUAUUGUAACUACAUCAAUACUAUCAAUCUAAUCAACAAUAAAUAAACAUCAAUUUAUUAAAAGAA